AUGCCUCCUAAGAGAAAUAAGCAAAAGCUUCCCCAAGAUGCACCCCAAGGUCCUACAAGUCAACCAAUGAUAGAAGAGGAUGAGGAUGACGAAGACUACGAGGAUGACGAAGAGUACGAGGAUGACGAAGAGUAUGAGGACGAUGAAGAGUACGAGGACGAUGAAGAGAUGCACGAGGUAGACUUGGAAAACUUACGUAAGGAUGUUGAAUGUCCAAUCUGCCUUGAUAAACUACCUAAACCUUCCCUUAGUGUUGAAUGGGACAAAGAGUUUAGACAUCUGGUUAUUGAGCAAAACUCUAAAGUCACUAACAAUGAAUGCCCUGCUUGCCGUACGCAUUGUUCAAGUCGUCGAUCUCUUAGGGUUGACACAAACUUCGAUACCUUGAUUAGUCUCCUUUUUCCAAAUAUUGAUGAAUACGAGGAGAUGACAAUGCAAGAAGCGUAUGGCAAGACUCUUGAACGUCAAAGUGAUGCUCUUGGAAAGAAACCUGCUGCUGCAACAACUAGGUCAAAAGGUAGAAACUUAAGGAGUCAGAUUGUAAGAAGAAGCCAAAGAAAUGCUGCAUUUGGCGAGUCUAGUUCUAUCAGGGAAAGUGCAUUGCCUACUAUUGCUGAAGAGAAAGAAAUACUCAGUGAUAUUCAAGAGUUAGAGAUAGAGACAGAAAGUGAUGAUGAUACAAGUCCUCAAAAUGUGACUAAUGCAGCAGCCAUAGCUGCAGAUGGAAAAGGUAAAGGUAUCAUUAGCUCAUCUGAUAGAUUUGUAUGGGGGCGAUGUGCCCAGAGGAGUCAAACCAGUAGCAGUGCAAGGCAUGCUGCCACUGUAAGGAGCAAUCGCUUGGCCAGAUUCAUCGAUCAUCUGAAGAACUCCAAUCAAAAUGAUGAUGAGUUGGACAUAUUCAUCAAACUGAUCUCUUUUGAGGAGGAAAGAGUUCCGAAUUUGCCAAGGCCAUACCUCAAAUGCAGACCUACAUUGUCAAUCAAUGAACUGCGCCUGUAUGUUGCCCAUGAAACCUUGCUACAAACUGAAGAGAUUGAGUUAUACAUCGUGACUGGGGUUGAGCCUGACUUCGUGAGUGGUGAUGGAAAACUAGAUCCAGGGAAACACAAGACUCAGUUUCUAGAGAAAGAGGAUGAAACUUUGGGUGGAGUCAUAACAAAUAAUCUCAGCUAUGGCCAUCUGGUCAUUGCUUAUAAGAGGAAGCAGUGGAACUUAAAUGAAGCGUUCCCUUGCUCUGCUUCUGAAUGA